AUGCGUCUAUCUAUUCUUGCCUGCCUGUCCGUUGUCCGGGGCGCUUUGGCUGCUGAAUGGCCGUUCGACAUCACCACAAUCACCGCCACGGAUGGCUCCAUAACAGCGAGAUUUGUCUCGCUCGGAGCUACUAUGACUGAACUCUGGGUGAACGACAAGUUCGGAAAGCAAAGAGACGUCAUCUUGGGAUACGACGACAACUCUCAGCUUCUGUAUGAUCCUGCACAUCCGGUCUUCAACCCCGUUGUUGGGAGAUACGCCAACCGCAUCAAGAACGGAACGUUCUCGAUGCCCAUCACGAAAGACGCACAGCCGGACGAGCCAGGAGUUUAUCACAUUACGACGAAUGAUCAUGAUGGUGCGGACACCUUGCACGGUGGGAUAUACGGGUGGGAUCGACGAACCUGGACAAUUGUCGAGAAAACCAGUAGCAGCGUGACAUACAUUCAUUACGACCAAGGGGAUGAAGGAUUUCCAGGUAUUGUCAUCACAACGGCUACGCACUCCGUGCAUAACGGCGGGAGACUUCAGACAACUGUGCAUGCUAACGCAAGCGAGCUUACACCCAUCAUGACGACGCAGCACGUCUACUGGAACCUCGAUGCAUUCCAGGGCAGUGAAGACAUACUCGACCACACUUUGCAUGUCGACGGCUCGAAGGUCGUCGCCGUCGACAGCAACGCUAUUCCGACAGGAUCAUUUAUCAACGUGACUGGCUCUCCCUUCGACUUUAGAACGACGCAGAAGAUAGGAGCGAGGUGGAAUGAGACGAUCAAUCUCUGUGGCGAAGGAUGUCAGGGAUACGACAGCUGUUGGAUAUACGAUCAUGCGGAGGAUCAGAAAGCAGGGGUGACACUAUCAAGUGACGUCUCCGGAAUAAGACUCGAUAUCACGACAAAUCAGCCUGCUGUUCAAGUUUAUACGGCAUACUGGUUUGACACUCCGCGAAAAGUAGUACAUGGUGGCCCUUCGCUAAAUUACACUAGCUGGUCCGCGGUAGCAAUCGAGCAAGAAGGAUAUAUCGACGCAAUCAACACCCCGGAGUGGAAUGUAGAUCAAAUCUAUGGACCAGGCAAGGAUUUUGAGUGGAGCGCAACGUAUAAGUUCUCAACAUUCACUUGA